UGUGAGCACCCAAGGAGGCUGCAGGCCAUGCAGCAGCGCUUGAAGCAGCUGAGGCAGCAGGAACAGCACCUGCAGGAGGAGUGGCUGAGCACGGCUCUGAAGAGGAGACAGCUAGAAGAGCGAUGUGAGGAGCUGCCCAACAACUCCAUGAUGCUGCUGACUGCAGACCAGGACCUCGGUGCCCCUGUGAACGGCCUCUCCAGCACACUGUUUCCCCUGACGACAGCGGCACCACAGAGCUGGGGUCUUGUUGCAGAGCCUCCAGCUCCUGUCAGGGUGCUCCCUCAGCACAGCCCUGGGGCUGGCAGGGACACCCUGGCCACAGCCAGCGGCACCGAGCUCAUUGACGCCACACUGCUGCUGCUGAAGUUCAGGGCCCAGCAGGACCAUGGUUUCUUAGAGAAUGAGGAGUUCUACCUGGAGAGUCUGACAAAAUCAUCCUAUCACACAUCAGCUCGGUCACGAGGAUGGUGGUCAGCACAUCUCACACCAGCAAAACUGCAGCCACGUCUCCACCAAUUGGUGACAAAGAAACCCAAGCUUUCUUAGGCAUUGUGGGCUUUUGGAGGCUGCACAUUCCCAACUGCUGUAAAUCCUCUCUGUCGAGUCACCUGGAAGAAAAACGAUGUCAAAUGGGGCUCUGAACAACGACAAGGCUUUCAACAAAUUAAACGAGAGGCUGCUCAGGUGGUGUCCCUUGGGCCAGUCUGAACAGGACCAGAUGUGACAAACAUGCUCUGCACUGCAGCUGGAGAGAAUGGCCCUACCUGGAGCCUCUGGCUAGAAGCACGUGGGGAGGCUGGAGGCUGAGCCCUGGGGUUCUUGAGUCAGGGAUGCAGAGGAUCCGAGGCCCGGUGC